AUGGCUUCUUUGCUGCAUCGUGAAAGUCAAGCUGCUGGCAGUUUAAGCAACAGUAGUAAGAAAACAAGAUCUUUCAUUAAGGUCAGGGAACGUGGAAAAAGAGGGGGAGGUAAAUUUGGUGCAACUACUCCACCAUUUAUUGACUACCUGAAAGAGAUUCUGCGUAGAUAUCCUGAUGGUGGCCAAAUUCUGAAGGAACUUAUUCAAAAUGCAGAUGAUGCUGAGGCGAAGGAGGUGGUGUUUAUAUUUGAUGAACGAACAUAUGGGACAUCAUCUGUGUUUAUGAAGGAUCUUAAAAAGUUUCAAGGCCCAGCUCUCAUAGUUUAUAACGAUUCUGUAUUCUCAGAAGAGGAUUGGCAUAGUAUACAAACUACAGGAAUCAGUAAAAAGCGUAAUGACCCCAGCAAAGUUGGCCAGUUUGGCCUUGGAUUCAAUACUGUUUAUCACAUUACAGAUUUGCCAAGUAUAUUCAGUGGAAAAUAUAUUGGUAUAUUUGACCCGCAAGAAAAGCUGUUUGGAGAACGGGAAGCUGGGUAUAUAUGGUCUCUUGAUGACCCAGAGGACAGGAAAGCUCUUGAACACUCUAGAGAUCAGUUCAGACCAUUCAGAUAUGCCAUGGAAGCGACUGGGACCAUAACAUGGACUAAUGCAUUAAAAGAACAUUAUUUCAAGGGGACUUUAUUUAGGUUUCCUUUGAGAACUGAACCUUCAGAAAUAUUAGACAACUUGUAUGACAAAACAAAGAUCUUUGAUCUAUUUGACUCCUUCCAAGCAGAUGAAGAUAUGAGUCUCUUGUUUCUCAGAAAUGUUACUUCAGUCUGUAUUAAGCACAUUGACACCAGUGGAAAUGUAAAGGUCCUUUUAGAAGUAACUGCUUUGCAGCCUGAGUAUAUCCCAUCUUUUAACAAUAACUUCAAUGUUGAAAGGCAGAAAGAAAUCUCCAGUGUUAAGUCUUCUACUUGCAUCAAAGCUAUUUCACAUCGCAUUGCAACAGAAGAACAUCACAAUUACUGGUUAAUAACAAAUUGCACAGGCAACACAGGUGUAUGGGCAAGCUUAGAUGAUUUGGCUGAGAAGUUAAGUUAUACUCCAUAUGUUGGAUUGGCAUUUCCAUUGACUAAAGGUGAAACCACAGAGGCUGAAACAAGAACAGACUUUGAAGGACGUCUUAGUUUCUUUCUACCACUCCCAAAUAAUGAGGCCAACAAGACUGGGUUACCUGUUCAUGUAAAUGCCUUCUUUGGACUUUCAGAUAACCGAAGACACAUCAAGUGGAUUGAAUCAGACCAAAGAAAUGAUGAAGCAGCCAAGUGGAAUGAGCUACUGAUAGAGAAAAUCCUUCCAUGUGCAUACUGUCAACUUAUCCUCGAUGCUAUUACACUGGCUGAAACCUCAGUGCUAAAACCCUCAUCAGUAUAUCGUUUAUGGCCAGACUAUGAAAAAAUGAAUCAUAAAGAACGUUGGGUUAAGAUAACUAAGGAAACUGUCAAACAUUUGCUGGGACUUAAUGUUCUUUGUUUGGCUGCCUGUGAAGAAAAGUGGAUAAGAGCUGACAAAGCUAUCUUUUUAGAGUGCUAUGAUCGAUGUGACAUAAGACAAGCGAUAGAGAAUAUUUUGAUAAAAGAGGCUCAACCUUUGGUUCGAGUCCCAAGCCAUGUGUUUAAAGCCAUAUUAUUCACUUUAGAAAAUAGAAGUUAUUUAAAUGUGGUCACUCCAACAUCUUUAAGAAACAUACUUCAGCAUUGUGAUUUGGACAGUAUUCCGUAUGAACAAAAAUUAAUGCUUCUGGAGUAUGUUCUAAGUGAUGAGCAAUACUGUUCCCUUAACAACCUUCAACUCCUACCGGUCAGCAAUGGAUCCUUUGUGAAGUUCCAAAUUAGCUCAUCUGAUGACCCUGUAUUUACUGACUCAGCCAAAUUUCCACGGUUGUUGCAUUUUGGGUGCUGUGAUGAAAGUUGGCAAGCUGAACGUGUCAUCAAGGAAUGUCAAGGCAGACAAGAGCUUAGCAGAGAACAAGAAAUAUUUUCAAAUCUCAUCUGCUUGGAUGUGAAUACAGUAAAACAGCACAUUAGGAAAGCUCUACCAGAUAAUUGGAUUGAAAAGGUUGGUCACGCAACAUGGGUCAUCUCAAAUACACAACACCCUCCAGCACACUGGCUUGCACAAUUUUGGGACUUUCUGAAUAAGAAUUGUAAAACUCUAGAUACGUUUGAAGGUUUGCCACUUAUACCACUCAGUUCUCUAAGGGACUGCAAGGACAGUGUCCAGUUAGCACAUUUGUCCAAGAACAUAACAAUUAUAUUUCAAAUGCAAAAUGGUUACAAGUUACCAGAUGCAAUUGCCAGUAUAAUUAUAAGAGUUGGAGGUGGUGUAGUUCAAAGCUGUGAUGAAUUUCUAAAGCAUCAGCAAUUGGCUCAGUAUGUGUUUUUACCAAGCCCAAAUAAUGUUUUGAAACUUUUUUUGAAUCUGGGUUGUGAGCAAGUACUAAAAGAGAUUGGUUCUAUGUCAAUUGAAGACAGAAGAUCAUUGAGAAGGUUUUUUGCUGAAGCAUCUGCAUUUGAUACUGAUGAGGUAAAUAUGCUGUUCAAGUUGCCAAUCUUUCAACAAAUGACACCUCUUAGAUCAACAAAUAAAGAGCUUAUUACAGCUGGAACAUAUGGAGCAUUGAGUAAUGAUGUUUACCCUGAGAUCCCAGAUGACAUGCCUUUACCCGAAAUUGUACUCAAGUGUGUUGAUGAGAAGGACAGGAGGCUCAUGUUGAUGAGGGGAAAAUUACUGACAGCAGCAGAUGCUGCAUUGCUUAUGUUGAAGGGAGUGGAAACUCAAAAGUAUGAACCAGAACAAAUUGAAAAGGUGAUGCUCUGGAUUCUAAAAAAUAGUGGAAUACUUUUUAAACAAAAACCAGAGUUAUUCAACAAAUGCAAAUCACUUCGGUUUUUGACAUCAAAGGACAGAGUUGUGCAGGCUUCUGCCUUAUUUGAUCCAAACAACAUCACCUUUCAGCAUCUCUUUCAGCCAGAGUAUCAGCACUUCUUUCCUCCUCCACUUUAUUCUAAGGAUGAGAAAAUUCUGGUGACAUUACAAAAGCUUGGGCUAAAAUCAAAAGAAGACAGUAUUUCACCUGAAGACCUUCUAAAGGUAGCACAAUUAAUAGACAGACAACACAGCCAAGCUGGUGAUAUUAACAAUAUGUGUAAAAAGGCUGAAGCUUUAAUUAAAGUAUGCAAUACAACAUCUGUUUUGGCCAUUUGCUCUUAUCAAACUGUGGAGCAGUUAUUGUCUUUACAUUGGGUACCCUGUAACAGUCUUCCAAAAGCAUUGACAGAAUGCACAAAUUUAAAUAUUGAUUUUAAUAAACCUGAAAAUGUAAGAGAUUCAAAAUAUGCCAACAUUAUUGGAUUAGUAAUGCCACUUACUGACAAAUUUACUGAUAAAUCCAGCAAAAUUUUGGGACUACUCAAUCUACCACCACCCAAGAAGGUGGUUGAAAAUCUUCUAUUCAUUGUUGACCAGGUACACACCAAUAGUAACUCAUCGCGCAACUUCCAGGCGGAUUUGCAAAGUAUCUAUGAGUACAUGCAGAAACACCUAAGUCAGUUUAAAACACUUUUGCUUACCAUAGAACAGCCAUGGAUCUGGAAUGGGUCUGGGUUUUCACAUCCUCAGCAUAUUGUUUUCUCCUAUCAUGAAGACUUAGAUCUCAGUUGUUACAUAAAGAGAGUCCCACAGGAAAUAUCCCAGUACAGAGAGUUACUGACUGAAUGUGCAGUGAAAACAUGUUUCAGUGAUGAUGAAAUUAUUCAAAUACUUUAUCACAUAAAAGAUAAUUUAGUUAAACUAAACUCUGGUUAUGGUAGCCCAAGUGAAUUAAAGACCAUCAUUUCCAUACUUGAUUGGAUGCGCAGAAAUAAUCUUCCAUUUAACGAUGACCUUCCAGUCCCUGUAAGGAAAGACAGCCAAGGUGGAUUCUGCUUAAAACCAUGUUCCAAGGCUACUUUUUGUGAUCUAGAUAAAGCAACACUGGAGGAUAUUAUCAAAAAUAAAAACAUUUAUGUUCUUCAUAAAGAAGUAAGUCUUGCAAUAGUUGAAUGGCUGAAUGUGCCUCCCCUAAGUAGCAAAGUUCUGAACCCUGACUUGAUUGGAAUUGAGCAAUAUGGACAGGUGGAACCCAUUACACUGAGAAUAAAGAACAUUCUGAAAGAAUAUGAUCAAGAACAUGAUCUCUUCAAAGAGCUGCUUCAAAAUGCUGAAGAUGCUGGUUCAACAGUUUGCAGUUUCCUGGUGGACAUGAGACAAAACAAAGAUGCACCUGAAAGUCUUAUUGAUCCUGGCAUGGCUUCGUGCCAUGGACCAGCACUUUGGUCAUACAACAAUGAGUGUUUCACUGAUGAUGAUUUUCACAAUAUAACAAGGAUUGGGACUGGUUCCAAGGAAACCCAAAUUGAUAAGAUUGGUAAAUUUGGACUUGGAUUUAAUUCUGUUUAUCAUAUAACUGAUGUCCCGUCAAUUCUCAGUGGAAAACACUUACUUAUCUUUGAUCCAAAUGUUACUCAUCUGAAGAAACAUAUCCAUUGUGUAACGAACCCAGGAAUAAAACUGAACCUUUAUGAACAUAAGAACUUAAUUCAAAAAUUUCCUGGACAGUUUAAUCCCUACAAUGGAAUUUUUGGAUGUAAUUUUAAAAUUGGCUCUGGAGAACAUUUCUAUUAUGAUGGAACUCUCAUUAGGUUACCCUUCAGAACACCAGAGGAGGCUGCAGUAUCAAGGCUUUCCAAUAAGUAUUAUAACCAAAAACACAUCAUGUCCUUGGUGGAAAGUUUCAAGCAAAUGUCAAAAGAUCUUAUCAUAUUCCUAAAGAACGUGAGAAAAGUUUCACUGAAAUUUAUCAGUGAACAUUCAGCUCAUGAAAACCAGAUAAUCUCUGUAUUCAAAAUGGAAAGACAAAUACUAAACUUAAUUGAAAUGGCAGAUAAUUUUCCAAUUAAAAAAAUGCAGCAAAAUGCUGUGAACCAUCUGGAAAGAAUGAACAAACUUUCUAAAGCAAUUAGAAGUUUGAGCACGUCAACUAUAAUACAGUUUACAGAAGAAACUAUAGAUAAUCCCAAUCACAUAAAAUAUUGGUUGGUUCAUUCAUGUUUUGGGAUGGCAAAAGCCUUACAGAUUGCUUGCAGUAAAUCAACAAACACUUAUUUUGCUCCUCCUCUUGGAAGUGUGGCCAUACCUCUUAAAAAGAAGAAAGAAACUGGACAUUGGACGCCAAACACUGAAGCUCAAGUGGGACAGGUGUUCUGUUUUCUGCCUCUUUCGCUUCAGUGUGGUCUUCCGGUUCAUAUUAAUGGAUCCUUUGCAGUUACCUCAAACAGGAAGAAUCUUUGGAGCUCUGGGCCAAAGGGAGAUUGGAAUCAAGCACUUUUGGAAGAUGCAGUUUCCACAGCUUAUGUUACAUCUAUUUCACUCAUGCAGCAAAUGUCACAGAAAGGAGAAUUUGAAAAUUAUGAUUACUACACAUUUUGGCCUAAUGUGAAAAAUGUUGAUAAUCAGUUUAGAGUAAUUGUGGAAAAUUUCUACAAAGCAGUUGCACAUGGAAUCAAUGGUGUUACAGUCAAAGCAUUCAGCAAUGGAAAAGACUGGUGCCCAAUCAACCAGGCACGUUUUUUAGAUUCAUCCAUUCUUAAAAACAGAAGAGUUGGAGAAUCCGCUGUUACUGAAUUUUCCAAAUUUCUUUCAAAACCCUAUAUUUCAGUUUACUUGCCAGAGUGGGUUAAACAAAGUUUUGUUGCCAGUGGAUGUGGCCAUUCCAUUGAGCAGAACACAUAUGAUUGGGAAUUGUUUUAUAAGGAAAUUAUAUUUCAGAAUUUAGAUGUUAUAAAUCCCAAAACCAGGAAUGAUUUUAUUAUGUAUGCAAUUGAUAUAAGGAAUUCAUCUAUUGAUGAAAUGUUAAGCAUAAAACCAUGCAUGCCAGUUAGUGGGAAGGAAGACCUUCAGUAUAUCAAAAAUCUUGUACAUCCAGAAGGCAAGAUAGCCUGUCUUUAUGAUGCAGAAGAAGGACGCUUCCUCACAGGAACUUCUGAAACUUUUCUCCAUCCUGAGAGAUUAUUAAGGUUAGAAAUGCUGGGGAUGGUAAAAGACAAAAUUGCUUUCCCUGAAUUACUUGAAAGAGCAGAGACCAUUGAACAGGUAUGGGACCUUGACAGAAACAAAGCAUACCAAAGAGUACGUCAUAUCUUGGAUUUGCUCAAAGACCUAAAUCAACUUAGUGAUGAUGAGCAACAAAGCUUACAGAAUGUGUCAUUUCUCCCUGCUUUUAUUCCACGUAGUCAGGAACAGAAUGUUUCUAUAGAUACUGUUGUUUUAACAAAAGCAAAAGAUUUGUACAGUUGCAAAUACCAAUCACUAGUGAACAUGACAGAAAUGGUUUUAGACAAAGAACUGCUGAAAGGAACCAAGUUGCCCACAGAAGCUGUUUCCUUUCUAGGUUUAAACAGACAACCACCCAUUAAGACAGUGUUGGAACAACUUAAGCAUGUGUAUACAUGCAAUUCUAUAGCAACCAGUGAUCUAAAAAGAAUGACUAAAGAAUGUUAUAUCUACUUAACUAAACAGCUAAAGGGAGAUCCAGAGUCAAGAAAGGAAAUCUACAAUGCUGCUCAAGAAUUCCCCUUUAUUUUAGUUCAUGGACAAUUUGUGCCUGUCCACCUGCUUGCGAGGAAGGUUUCAUUUGAUGCAGUUCCAUAUCUUUAUGAACUUCCCAAAGAAUAUGUGGAAUGUGAGGAAUUGUGGAAGUGCCUAGAGAUUAAAGAAUAUUUUAGACUGCAAGACUAUGUCUCCGUUCUGAAAAGCAUGUCAGAUAAAUACCAUGGAUCAAGACUGUCUGAUAGCGAUCUUGCUGUCUGUCUUAGAAUUGUAACAACUGGAUUCAUUGAAGCAUCAGACCAGGAAGACAUUUUGCAGAAUGUUCUCCUGCCCAAUCAGCAUUGUAUACUUCAUUCUGCUCAAACACUGCAAUACAAUGACACACCAUGGCUUGUUGUAGGAGAUGAUGUAAAUCUCUGCCAUAAUCAGAUAGCUAGAGAAACAGCUGUCCGCUUUCAUGUUCAGACAACUAAACACCGAGCCAUGAAAGUUUUACAGGUCAAAGACAUGUCCGUAUGGGCACAGGAAUUUGGCCAACAGGAAAAACUAACAGUACGCUUAAAAAAUAUCAUCAAAGCCUAUCCAUCCAAGAAAGAUAUUCUAAAGGAGCUGAUUCAGAAUGCUGAUGACGCUGAAGCCUCGGAAAUCCAUUUUGUUUGGGAUCCCAGAAAACAUGGCACCACAAAGACUUUUGGAGAGGAGUGGAAUACACUUCAAGGACCUGCAUUAUGUGUUUAUAAUAACAAAACGUUUUCAGACAAAGAUGUUGAAGGGAUACAGCAACUUGGAGAAGGUGGCAAGCGCAACAGUCCAGAGAAAACUGGAAAAUACGGUCUUGGUUUUAAUUCAGUGUACCAUCUGACAGAUUGUCCCUCUUUUAUGUCAGGUGACAGUUUGUUGUGUAUCUUUGACCCUAAUUUGGUUGUACUUUCCACAGCUAAGCCACAUUCUCCAGGUGGCAUGUUCACAGUCAAUGAGAAGUUUAAAAAUACUUUUGAGGAUGUUUAUAAUACCUUUCUCCCAUCUUUCUUCAAUCUUGAAGAAGGUACCAUGUUCAGAUUACCAUUGAGAACAGCAGAAAUGGCAGAAAAAUCAGAUAUCUCAAAGCAAGCAGUCACAAAAGAUAUAAUUUUAGAAUUGCUAGAGGUGUUGAAAGAUGAUUCUGAUAGUCUCCUUUUGUUUUUGAAUAACAUCAAGAAAAUUAGUUUUCAUAAAAUAGAUAAAAAAUCAAGCGAAUUGCGUGGACUGUAUACUGCAGAAGUAGACAUGUCUCAGGAAAGCACCAGGGAACAGGAACAUUUAAAACAUUAUAUCCAAAAAUGUACAGGUUCCAUGACUGCAGUAUCCAAAAUGGAAUCCCAUCAAGUAAUAUAUGAAAUGGAGAUUCGAUCUUCUAACAAACAUCCAACCAAAUGGAUUUUAGCAAACAAAGUGGGUGCUUCUAAUACAGAAGUAACAGAGUCAGUGCAGAACUUUUGUUGUAGCUUGGGUCAGAUACUUUUGCCUCGGAGUUCAGUUGCAGCUUGUACUAAUUGCAGCAGUUUUCAAGGUAAAGCCUUUUGCUUCCUGCCUCUGCCCAUUGAGACUGGUCUCCCCGUUCACAUCAAUGGAAACUUUGCUGUUGACUUUGCCAGGCGAGAUCUUUGGAAACAGGAUGGACAAAGUGGAAAGAUGAAAUGGAACAACUUUUUAAAAUUACACCUGAUUGCUCCUUUGUAUGCAGAUUUACUUGAUUACAUUCAGAAAAAGUUAGCAGGCAGCAAUGUGGAACCUCUAAAAUUUAACAAUUUAGAAUUAUGCAAAAACUGUAUUGAACAUGAUUACCUAUGGUUCUUCCCCCAUGUUUCUGAAGAUGUUCCUCAGGAAUGGCAAUUAAUGAUAAAUCAGGUUUACAGGUGCAUAUAUCAGAAGGGCCUUUGUCUGAUCCCUAUAAUGAAACAUGAAAGUAAUCAAUUACAUGCUGAGAAGAAGAGCAUUAACAUUACAUGGUCCACUUUGACUAAAGAAAAACGAGCUGAAGUUCCUCACUUUGUAACUGCUCACAUAACUGGGAAACUGACUGAAAUUUUAGAAAACAUUGGUAUGAACUUAGUGCUGCAAUCUGACUUUAUGACCAAAGUUUUAAAAAGCUUAGAAAGGGCUUGUAUGGAUGUAUUCGUUUUAAACCCAAGCACAGUCAGAAAGUUUCUUCAAAUCCAUCCACUGAACAGACUCGAGCUAACGAAGACUAACUAUCCCUUACCACUAAGCGAAUCCCUGAUUAAAGAUGGGACCAGAUGCAUGGCACUUUUGGACUACUGCCUCUCCGAUGUGAAGGAUGGAAAUUAUGGUAGUUUAAAUAGUUUACCACUGUUGGUCACACAAGAUAACAUGCUGGGAAAAUUUAAACGCAUCUCUCCCAAAUAUAUUUCUAAAUUUCAUGAUUUAUUUCCAGAAUCCCAGAAGUACUUCGCAAACUAUGAUGUAAACAAGAAAUAUAAAGACUUCUUAGUUGCAGCUGGAUUUUUAGAAGAGUUCACAAUUUCAAGGGCUGAACAAUUCAUCCGAAGCAAACUUGGGUAUAAGUUUCAGAUUAAUUCCACUGACCCACAACUAUGGCUGCACUGGACUGAAAAUGAGCAGUUUGUAGAAUGGCUGAAAAAACUGUGGAAGUAUUUUGAGAGCCAAAUGAAGAGUGACGAUGAUAAGGAAAGUACAGUUGAUAAACUUAAGUUAUUAUUCUCAGACCUUGCAAUCUUACCAGUGAUAUGUCCAAGUUAUAGUGACCAGCCCCUCCUUGCACCCCUAGGAUCACUACAUAGUGUUAUCUGUGAAAUGACCCAAACUAGUGUAGCACGAAUUUUACUAAAACUUGGAUUUGCUAAAAUUGCUGCAGAUUACUUUUCACUAAAAGUAAUGUUUAAUUUUAUUAGACCGAAUUCCAUGAAAAUUGAUGACAAAAACUCCAUUUUACAACACCUGCGUCUGACAAAAUUAAACUGGAAUAAUUUAAAUGAGUGGGAAGUAGAAUCCAUUUUAAGAUUCCUUCAUUCUGGAAUUGAAGCAAGUGAUGAUAAACUUAAGUAUCAAGAACAAUUAAAAACACUCCCACUCUUUGAAACAAUGGAAGAGACAUUUGAAAGUAUUGAAAUGUACAAUAUAAUUUAUAUUCUAAAUACUCAAUUCAGUGAAACAUUUCCACAUUUGUAUAAAUUAGACAGUUCUUGCAUGUUUUUGAAAAGAACAAGGAUAAACACUGAGGUAUCAGAAGAUUUAGGUAUUCAAAUUAUAGAUGAUCUGCAGUUCUUUAUGGAUUACAUUCUUCCAAAUAUUGAACAAAUAUUUAGUGAUCAAAAAUUGGAUGUCCUACGCCUGUUGUACAAUAUAAUCUGCUGUUAUACCACAGCCUAUGAAGUGAAAAAAGAACAAAUUGUGUCUGGUCUGAAAAAUAUAAAAUUGAUCAAAGCUAAAAAUGGAAUAUUUCAAAAGGUUUCAUAUUUCUAUGAAAAUAGUGGACGGUUAUUUAAAAUUAUGAUUCCUGUAGAAAACUUUGUUCCUGAGAAUUUUUUUAAAGAUAUGGGAUGCCACAUUGAUGAUUCUAAUUUGAACAAAUUGCUCAAGGAUUUGGGAUUAAAGUGCACUGUAUCUUCAGAUGACUUUAUUGCUUUUGCAACACAAGUUUCAGAAGAAGUUAAACUGCAUGUUCCUUUGAAAGAACUAAUUGAGAAGAGUGAAGCUUUAGUCACAUACUUAUGUAGCAUAAAUGAGGAAAACCUUCAAAAGAAUUUUUAUGAAAAAGUUGCAAGUAUUAAAUUUGUUUAUCCCCACAAAGUUCGGGAGAGUUUGCGGAGCUUACAUUCUCCUUACGCAGAAGGGAGGAAUUUUGUUGCUUUAAGUGAUUCAUUAGUGAAACAACGGGAUGAAGAUGAAGAACUAGUUUGGACCUCGAUGCCAAUCCUGCCAACUAAAUGUAGUCAGUCAAGAAAUAAUAUAAAUAGAUUAAAAGCUGCUGGUGUUAUUUAUAGUCCUCCAGAAAAUGUAGUUAUAGCAAAUCUUAGGAAAAUAUGCUUAGCUCCCUGCAAAAACCAGAGUGUUAUAAAAACCAGAUCAAAAGUUCUUCAAACUGCUUAUGGCUUUCUUCAAAAGCAUGCAUUUGAUGUCCAAGCCCUGAAAGACCUUCCCAUUGUUCUUGUAGAAGAGGAUUCUAAGCUGGUAAAAAUCAACCAGGUGGUGUUCUCUUUACAAAAUUAUCUUGAUUUUUCUCCUUAUUUAUAUCGGCUUCCCCCCCUUCUAGCUCCAUACCGUGAGUUUUUCCAGAAAUUAGAUGUUGCUUUGGAACCAUCAGCUUCCCACCUCACCCAAGUGCUUUGGUGUCUUUAUGAAGAUUCCAGAAAAUGUAAGAGCCUAAACGAAAACCAAAUGACAACCAUGAAACGAACUUUGUAUUUUUUAUUUACGCUUCUGGAAUCCAAACCAGAGGAACGAGCCCUUGAGAAACUGAAGCCAUUGUAUCUCCCAGCAAGUGACAGCAUUCUGUAUCCAUCAGAAACAUUAUGUUUUAAUGACAGGAUUACUACUGGUUCCAGACGAGAUGCCAAUGCUCUAAAAGAAAAGUUUAAUUUUCUUCUAGAUCUAGGUGAAUGCUAUCUUAAUCCCGAUCCUCAUAAGCAGAUAAAUCUUAUACAAUUUCUACCUGAAGAAAUUCGCCCCAAGAUGCUUUCACAGUUAACAGAAGAAGUACUCAAUGAAUCAGUUCUACGUAUUUGUCCAUAUGGAGAUAAUUGUGCAUUCAGAAAUGAUUUUCACAAGCUCCUUGUGUCUUCUAGUUUUAGAAUUGGGUUGGCGAGUUUGUUAAAGGGUCAGUGUAGUGGAGAGUUGUCUGUGAGUGACAUUGAGCAUGGCUGUGAAAAUGUCUUUUCCAAAAUACAAAUUAUUUGCUGUGAGAAGCUGGAAACUAUCCUUUGUUUAGGAUCAAAACAACUGAGUAAUACCAGCAUUGACAAACAAGUGUACACUAAGAUGAACAAUAUGGGAAGUGGUGUGGUUUACCUGGAACACAGGGAUAAUGUACCAUUCAGCAUGAAAACUGUCAUAAUACAUUCCCUGGCCACAGAGAUUAAUUUACUCUUGAAGAAUGCAUUAAACAAAGAUUCACUGUUAAUCUUAGUAUUGAUGUUAAGCUGUGAAAAUCCACAAGACAUCCCGAAAGUGCUGGAAGGUAAAGGCAUCCACACUGGCAAAUUAAAGUUUGAGGUUUCAAUGGACCUGCCUAAUCCUGGAGAACCAAUUCCUGAAGAACUAAUUCAUACACUAGAAAUGGACAUUACGUAUAAUUUCAGAGCUGGUGAGUAUGUAGGUUAUAAAGGCCCCACUUCCAAUGAAUAUCUAUAUGCCAUUUUUAUUGAACAAUUGAGCACAGAAAGGUUUUUCAAAGAUAUUAGAAUGCAAAAAUACAAAAUAAAAAUAGGACCUGACUCAUUUAUUGUAGUCAACCAUCUUGAUCUGUAUAAGUUCACUCAACAAAAAGUGCCUGAGGAGGUGAGCCAGAAUCUUGCUGUAUUAGAUUUACCAAAGGAUAAACAACAAACAUGUGGUCAGAAAUAUGAAUCUUUUGACAACAUUAAGAAAGAAAUUCAAGAAUACCUGAAAGAAAUAAGGAAUCUUCCGAGGGAUGAGAGACAGAAGGCAAUUCGUCGUCUUUACCUUAAAUGGCAUCCAGACAAAAAUCCAAACAAUAUUGAAGUGACAACCAAGCUGUGUUACUUUAUUCAAGAGAAGGUAAAGCAGCUAGAUAUAAUCAAUGCUGAGAAUGAAAGCAGCUCAUCAACUUACAAAAGCUCCUUUUCUCAUAAAGAGGAAGAUUUUUCUUCUUUCUUUAACCAAUGGAAUAGUGAAGCAUCAAGGCAUAAACAGAGCCAUUCACAGCAGAAAAAAAAACAGUCUGCAAGUGAAUUUUGGUCAUUUCCAAAGAAAAGUCAGUCCAACCCAGAAGAAGCUCAGAGAUGGUUGAGACAAGCAAAAUGUGACUUUAAAGCAGCACCCAAUGACCUGCACUGCACUGGUCAUGACUGCACUACCACCGAAUGGCUUUAUUUUAAAAUCCAUCAAGCAGUGGAAAAGGCUUUAAUAGCUGCAGAGUACAUAUAUAGUGGAAAAUGUGUUAAUGACCAUAGCAUUACUUUGCUUGCUAGCCACGUAUCUAGAUAUAGCACAAAACUCUCAGACCUGGAGAGGAUAGUAAUUAAACUUAGCGAGCAUGGGGUAGACAGCAAGAAGACCCAGUAUCCUAACUACCACUCACAACCCCAUGUUCCAAAUGACCAGUUCAAGACAGGGCAUGAGCAGGAGGUUCUGAAUUUAGCACAAACAGUGUUGGACUGUAUUGAAGACUAUAUCAUGAGUAAUUCAUAA